GUCAACUUGGCCAGUACGAAUAGAUGAUUUCACAGACCCACCUGCCCUGAGUGAGGGACACAGGCGGGUUAAUAAGGUCGGUAUGUCGGCCACUGACAUGUCCGCGGUGCUUGACAUCCUGCGCUCACUUUACCUGCACAUCCAGACUCUGGAGGAGUUCGCGGACAGCCUCGUGUUCCGAGAGGGACAGGGGGCGGUGCUGGUGGAGCCGACUGACAGCGACCGCUUCAAGUCCUUCGUCCUGACUGUUUACGUCUGUUCUGACAAGGAGCUAAAGCAAAUACCGAGCUGCAGCCAGAUCUGCUCUCUGCCUGAACUCUUGGCCUUCGUUCUCAAUAGUGUGAAAAGGAAAAGGAAAAGGAACGUCUUGGCACACGGCUACAAUUUUCGCUCGGUUGCUCAGGAGGAGCGGGAUGCAGACCACUUUAAAUUCCAAGGAGAUAUAACUCAAAGUGCCGCUUACAUCCAUGGCAGCGACUUGUGGAAGAAGGUCACGGGACGUCUCGGCACGGACAUCACACGGUACCUGCUGGAGAGCUGCUCUGUGUUCGUGGCAGUGCCCCCUUCAUGUGUUUUCCAGGUGAGUGGCCCUCCUGUGUAUGACAGGGUCUCCAUGGCUACUGCCGCCCCCAGGUUUUAUCUCCAGCCUCGUCGUAACGGUACCCAGACUGGAAGGUAUCAAGAGUCUGUGACCUUGAAAAAGAGACGCCAAGUUGACAACCGAACAGUCAGUAAGAUGAGGAACAGAGCAGAUGUGAAAGGGAACAGGGGGAAAAGAAAGAGAGAAACUGAUCAGAAGGAUGGCGAGGAGGUAAUGUCAUGUUUAGGAAAGAGAAGACGAGCAAGACAGCAAAAACAAGCACGAGACAUCCAUCAGGUAUGUACUGAGACAGUGGAGGAAGAGCAGCCCAUAUCUGUGGAACGAGCAUCUUCUGUGAAGGCCUUGGAAGACGGUGGUACUGGAUCUAAACAGCCUGUUGACGUUCACACAACAAUAAGCUCCUUGGAGGGAGGUCCCAGUUGGAGAUCAGGGUUUUUUCCCCCAUUACCUCCCUCGCAGUGUUUUAUUCGCACACUGGGAAUCCUGUAUGGGGGAAGGGGAAUGCGUAGCUUCCUUCUCAACAGGAAAAAGAAGAGUGGCGUGGGAUCUAGGAGGCUACAAGGAAGAGAUCUGGUGAGAAUAGUCUUCUUUGAGGGACUGGCUUAUCUGAACGGGCUUGAGAGGAAUCCAAAGAAACUUCCCCGGCGCUUUUUCAACAUGGUUCCCCUGUUCAGGCAGCUGCUGUGUCAACACAGGAGAUGUCCGUACAGCAGAAUACUGCAGAGGACGUGUCCACUGCUGGAGGAGAGAAAGGCAGGCCAGGAAGAACUGAUCUCCCUCCUGCCUCAACGCUGUGCACCUCAUAGGGUCUACCUGUUUGUCAGGGAGUGUCUCUCCGCUGUGAUUCCGCGUGAGCUGUGGGGCUCCGACCACAACCGACUUCAUUUCUUCGCAAGGGUCAGGGGCUUCCUGCGCAGCGGCAAGUUUGAGAGGCUCUCAUUGGCGGAACUGCUGUGGAAGAUGAAGGUGAAUGACUGUGAUUGGUUGAAGAUCAGUAAGACAGGCAGGGUCCCUCCCAGUGAGCUCUCAUACCGGACACGGGUCCUGGGUCAGUUCUUGGCUUGGGCUCUGGAUGGCUUUGUUGUAAGCCUCGUCCGAGCCUCCUUCUAUGUCACGGAGAGCAUGGGACAGAAGAAUGCCCUCAGGUUCUACAGACAGGAAGUUUGGGCCAAACUGCAGGAUCUGGCCUUCAGAGGUCACCUUGCCAAGGGUCAGAUGGAAGAGUUGACGCCGACACAGGUUGCCUCCCUCCCCAAAGCUACGGUGAUCUCCCGCCUUCGCUUCAUUCCCAAGACUGACGGCAUGAGGCCGAUCACGCGAGUCAUAGGAGCUGAUGCUAAAACUAGGCUUUACCAAAGUCGUGUCCGGGACUUGCAGGAUAUGCUGCAGGCCUGUGCGCGCUGCACUCCCUCUCUCCUGGGCUGCACGGUCUGGGGCAUGACGGACAUUCACAAGGUUUUGAGCUCUCUGGCUGUAGCGCAGAAGGACAAGCCACAGCCCCUCUACUUCGUGAAGGUGGAUGUGAGUGGGGCCUAUGAGAGUCUGCCUCAUGACAAACUCAUUGAGGUGGUUGGCCAGGUGCUCUCAACUGACCAUGAUGAACUCUUUACCACCCGCCGCUACGCCAAGAUCUGGGUCGAUUCCCAUGAAGGCCUGAAAAAGACCUUUGUCAGACAGGCAGAUUUCCUGGAGGACAACAUAGGAUCCACCAACAUGAAGGGGUUUGUGACGUCAAUGCAGAAAAAAGGGAAAGUCCAUCAUGCCAUUCUGGUGGAGCAGCUUUUUACUUCAGAUCUUCACAGCAAAGAAGUGUCACAGUUCUUCACCCAAAUGCUAACUGCCAGUGUCGUUCAGUUUGGCAAAAAGACAUACCGUCAGUGCAGAGGGAUUCCUCAGGGAUCCGUUGUGUCCAGUCUGCUCUGCUGUCUCUGCUACGGUCACAUGGAGAAUGUCCUGUUCAAAGAUGUUUCUAAAAACAAAGGUUGUCUGAUGAGACUGGUGGAUGACUUCCUUCUCAUCACCCCAGACUUGCAUGAAGCACAAAACUUCCUCAAGAUCCUUCUGGCUGGUGUACCACAGUAUGGUCUAGUGGUCAACCCACAGAAGGUGGUGCUCAACUUCCAAGCAUCAGGAAGCACUGACUCUUGUCCCGACAUCCGAGUGCUUCCCCCUCACUGCCUCUUCCCCUGGUGUGGACUGCUGCUGGACACGCACUCUCUCGACGUCCACAAAGACUAUUCCAGCUAUGCAGGCCUGUCUCUGCGCUACAGCCUCUCUUUGGGCUCUUUCCACUCAGCCGGACAGCAAAUGAAGAGGAAACUGAUGUCAAUCCUCAGACUCAAAUGCCACGCCCUGUUCUUGGACCUGAAGACCAAUUCUCUUGAGGCAGUCUACAACAACGUCUACAAGCUGGUGCUGCUUCAUGCAUGCAGGUUCCAUGUGUGUGCCCAGAGUUUGCCCUUUGGCCAGAGGGUUGAUAAGAACCCUGAAUACUUCCUGAAAAUGAUAUGGGACAUGGCUAAGUACGGCAAUCAUCUCAUCAGGCACAGCAACAAAGGCAACAGUUCCUGCUUUAUACCAUUCAUCUUGGAAAGUCAAUAUAAACAAUCUGAAGUCACACAUUUGAAUCAUUUUCUUUCCUUCUUGCUUCUCAUGUCUCCAGGUCUGAAUUUAGGCAGUAAGGCUCAGACGGGAGUUGUGCAGUAUGAAGCAGUGGAGUUGAUUUUCUGUCUCUGCUUCCUGCUGGUGCUGUCCCAGCAUCGUCCUCUGUACAAGGAUCUGCUCACACGCCUGCACAAACGGAAGCGCAGUCUGGAGCGGCGCCUGGGGGACAUGAGGUUGGCCAGAGUCCGACAGGCCUCUAACCCCAGGACUCCAGUUGACUUCCUGGCCAUCCACAUGUAGAUGCUUGCUCGAGUUACAGCUCCCAGAAACUAAGACACCCUCAGCAGCUCAAAGGUUUCAAGAGAGUGAGAUGAGCAGUGUGUUGAAAUCAGUCAUUCGGAUUAUCUGACCUGUCGUCGUGCCAAAACAAAUAUGAUAAAUCUGUUACAGUGGCUGGCAACAGGGAGCGAAAGAAGCUCUUAGUCACGUUAUAUCAAACACUUAAAUGAUAAAGUAAAGUCAUAAACACACCCAACAAAACAAUAACCUCCACAACAAUAUGAUGAUUCAAAUUUCUCGAGCUACUGUAGCACACCUGGUCUCAACUUUGAGCUGUUUCUUUCUCUGGACUUUGAUUUACACUUUGCUGUAGUUUUCCACGGAAAAACACUUGACAUGACUUUGAAAAAUAAUUGAAAUGAAAAUCAACCCACAGAAAACCUGUCAGCCAUUACAGGGAGUUAAAUAAGUUCUGCACAAUAUGGUGAUGAAGCAGUUCUUUACACUGCAGCGUUUGUUUUCAAAUGGAAGGUUUUGUUAAUGUUGAAGAAGAGACGAUAUUUUGUGUUUCAGUUUGAUGUGGUACACUGAAUGUUAUCGAGCUCAUGUGCAUUUACUGUGUAAUGUGCAUGAUGUGAACAACAAAGUAAAGAAUAUGGAUGUUCAAUAAAUCCGGUUUUGUUUUGGA